UUCAGAUCAGCUGUGGACAGACAGAGUAAAUCAACCUGCAUGCUUUUUUCUGCAGAUAACUAAAUAGAAUAUAAAGAUACGAACUGACUAGAAGACCCUGAGCAGACAGAGGAGAGGAAAAAGGAAGCUUUUUUAUCUAAAAAAAAUCUGUGUCUUGUUGGGGAAGGUCUUGUUCUCUACUCCGUGCAUGUUUUACAUUGGAGAAGUGCGUUGGUGCUUUUAAUCGGCCAGACGCGGUCUAGUUUCCAAGCGGAGCGGCAAGACAACACCAGAGACAUGAUUUUGAGACUGGGCUCAGUUGUUGGCGUUGCUGCUUUUUGUUUACAUGCGUUAUUGUUGUGGUUUUAUGCAAAGGUGGUGGAGGGAACCGGUCAGUUCGAGUUGGACAUCUUAUCGAUGAACAACCGGAACGGCGAGCUUCUUAACGGGCAGUGUUGUGACGGUUCACGGAUCACCGGGGAUCGGAAAUGCAGGAUGGAUGAGUGUGAUACGUAUUUUAAAGUGUGUUUGAAGGAAUACCAGUCGCGGGUCUCGGCUGCGGGACCGUGCAGUUUCGGGUCCGGAUCUACGCCUGUCCUGGGAGGAAAUGUAUUUUCUUUGAAGAGCUCUGCGAGGAAUGAAGGAUCCAGGAUUGUUUUGCCGUUCAGUUUUGCCUGGCCAAGGUCAUACACGUUGAUAGUGGAAGCCUUGGACGCUAAUAACGACACGAGUGGUGGUGAUGGUCAGGUGAUUGAGAAGGCGUCCCACAGUGGGAUGAUCAACCCCAGCCAUCAGUGGCAGAAGCUCAGCCACAACGGUCCUAUUGGUCAGUUUGACUAUCAGAUCCGGGUCAGCUGUGACGAGCACUACUACGGCUUCGGAUGCAACAAGUUCUGCCGACCCCGAGACGAGUUCUUCGGACACUACACCUGCGACUACAACGGGAACAAGACCUGUCUGGAGGGCUGGUCUGGACUAGAAUGUAACACACCUAUCUGUCGGCAGGGCUGCAGUACAGAACAUGGACACUGCAAAGAGCCAGAUGACUGCAAGUGUCUGUAUGGCUGGCAGGGGCAGUACUGUGACCAGUGUAAUCCUCACCCUGGCUGUAUCCAUGGAACCUGUGUUGAACCAUGGCAGUGUCUGUGCGAUACCAAUUGGGGAGGACAUCUCUGUGACAAAGAUCUGAACUUCUGUGGGACCAAACAGCCCUGUCUGAACGGAGGAAUCUGCAGCAACACGGGACCUGACAAAUACCAGUGUUCCUGUGUUGAGGGCUACUCUGGAGUCAACUGUGAGAGGGCAGAGCAUGCGUGUCUGUCCAACCCCUGCUCUAAUGGAGGGAGCUGUGUCGAGACCAGUCAGGGUUAUGGGUGUGUAUGUGGAGCGGGUUGGAGCGGACCCUCCUGUAGCAUCAAUGUUGAUGAGUGCUCUCCUAACCCCUGUAACCACGGUGGGACCUGUCAGGAUCUGGUUCAUGCUUAUAAGUGUCACUGUCCUCCUCAGUGGACCGGCAAGACCUGUCGCAUAGAUGCCAACGAAUGCGACAGCAAGCCCUGUGUCAACGCCAACUCCUGCCGCAACCUGAUUGGUGGAUACUUCUGCGAGUGUGACGCUGGUUGGACGGGGCUGAACUGUGACAUCAAUCUCAACGACUGUAAAGACCAGUGCCACCACGGAGGAACCUGCAUGGACUUGGUGAACGGGUACCGCUGUGUGUGUCCUGCGGGUUACUCUGGAGACCACUGUGAGAGAGAUGUGGAUGAAUGUGCCGGCGCUCCCUGUCUGAACGGCGGGCGAUGCCAAGACCAGGUCAACGGAUUCACCUGCCUCUGUCUGGCCGGGUUCUCUGGACAUUUCUGCCAAUUGGAUAUAGACUACUGCUUCUCCAACCCCUGUCAGAACGGUGCUCUAUGCUUCAACGUCGCUAAAGACUACUACUGUGGCUGUUCAGAAGACUACGAGGGAAAGAACUGCUCUCACCUCAAAGACCACUGUCACACCACCACAUGCAAAGUGAUUGACAGCUGCACGGUUGCCGUGGGAGCCAACAGUACCCCUGGAGGGGAGCGGUACAUCUCCUCCAACGUGUGUGGUCCUCACGGACGCUGUCGGAGCCAGGCUGGAGGACAGUUCAGCUGUGACUGUCAGGAGGGCUUCAGAGGCACAUACUGUCACGAGAAUAUUAAUGAUUGUGAGAGCAGCCCGUGUGGUAACGGAGGAACCUGUAUAGAUAAAGUCAGUGUGUACAAGUGUAUCUGUGGAGACGGCUGGGAGGGGGACCACUGUGAGAUCAAUAUAGAUGACUGCAGCACUAGUCCAUGUCAUAAUGGAGGAACAUGUCGAGACCUGGUGACUGAUUUCUUCUGUGAGUGUAUGAACGGCUGGAAGGGGAAGACCUGCCACUCCCGUGAGAGCCAGUGUGACGAGGUUACCUGUAACAACGGAGGGACAUGUCAUGAUGAGGGAGACACCUUCCAGUGCAAGUGUUCCCCUGGAUGGGAGGGGGCUACCUGUAAUAUAGCUAAGAACAGCAGCUGUCUUCCUAACCCCUGCCAGUACGGGGGAACCUGCGUGACCAGCGGGGACUCCUUCACCUGCAUCUGCAAGGAGGGCUGGGAGGGAGACACCUGUAAACAGAAUACCAACGACUGUAAUCCCCACCCAUGUUAUAACAGUGGGACCUGUGUGGAUGGUGAUAACUGGUAUCGAUGUGAGUGCACACCAGGGUUCGCUGGGCCAGACUGCAGGAUCAAUAUCAACGAAUGCCAGUCCUCGUCGUGUGUGUUUGGUGCUACCUGUGUUGAUGAAAUCAAUGGCUUCCACUGCCUGUGUCCCCAAGACAGAUCAGGACCACGUUGUCAGGAUGUGACAGGGAGACCGUGCUCAGGGAACAGUCGUGUCAUUCCUGAUUUAGCCAAGUGGGAUGAGGACUGCAACACCUGCCGGUGCUUUAAUGGGAAGGUUGUCUGUACUCGAAUGUGGUGUGGUCUUAGGUCCUGCCGAGUCAGCGGUGGGGUUAAAGGCCACGGUAGCAGAGGAGGUGGGGUCGGGUGUCUGUCUGGUCAGAGCUGUGUACCAAUCAGGGAGGAGCAGUGUUUCAUCCGACCAUGUCUGGGUCAGGGGGAGUGCCACCCCUCCUCCCCACCGCCCAACAAAUGCCACCCCAGCUCCGGUUACCACGACAGCAGCUGUGCUAACGUAACACUUACGUUCACCAAAGAUACCAUGCCCAGGGGUCUGAGUAUUGAGGCAGUGUGUAAGCAGCUGAGACAACUGUACGUGGUCAAGAAUGUGUCCUCUGAGUAUUCUGUUUCCAUAACCUGUGACCCUUCAACCUCCGCCAGCAACGAGAUCCAUCUCAGCAUCUACACAGUGGACCAGUGGAUGGACAGAUCACCUAUAAAGGAGAUAACAGAGAGGAUCAUCGAUCUGGUGUCUAAACGCCAUGGCAACAACAGCAUCAUCACCGCCAUUGCUGAGGUCAGAGUUCAGCGGACGCCGAGCACUAGCCACACCGACUACAUGGUCCCCCUCCUCUCUUCAGUCUUCAUCGUCUUGUGGAUCCUGGUGCUGGUCUCCGUCUUCCUGUGCUGCAUGCGUCGCCGGCGGAAACAUGGCAACGGAGCCUCGUCGUCCGCGGCGACAGAUGACAACACCACCAACAACGUCCGUGAGCAGCUCAACCAGAUCAAGAAUCCCAUCAACGUGAGACACGCCGGCAGCGGCCAUCUGACGACGUCAGUGGUCAUCAAAGACUACGAGGAUAAAAACUCGAUCGUCGCCAAGGUACGAACACACCACCGCCCUGAGGGGGAAGAGGACGACGAUAAAGAGAGACAGCUAGGGAAUAAAGGACGCUUUGUGGUUACAGCCAAACAGCCCGCCUACACACUGGUGGAGCGGGAGGAUCAGGGCCUCAAUGGAGGCCUGGGGGCCAAUGGGCCCAGCGACGGGGACGUCAGGACCGCGGUGCAGCCCAGCUCCAAACACCCUAACUGGAUUAAUAAACAGGACAACAGAGCCCUGGAGACGCCACACAGCAUCAACCAGAUGGACUACAAUAGAGCCCUGGAGACGCCACACAGCAUCAACCAGAUGGACUACAAUAGAGCCCUGGAGACGCCACACAGCAUCAACCAGAUGGACUACAAUAGAGCCCUGGAGACGCCACACAGCAUCAACCAGAUGGACUACAUCGUAUAGCAGGAAAUGAUAUAGCAGGAGGCAGGAAGUAGCAUGAAACCCUGUGUAAAGAAUUCCCCCUUCCUGGACGUUAUGGUCAUCCCGGCAAGGUGGUUCUUCUGAUACGCUGUGUUGACACUGUUUUCGUGCAACCAUUGACCUUAGUGAAGAGGACAAGGGGGAGUGUUCUGGGAUUUGUAGUUCCUAAACUGCUGCGUCAUUAUUCUGUGACUACAAGGUUUGUUGUUUGGAUGAAUGAAUCCAUGGCUGCAUCAGAUGUGGUACCCUAUUCCCUGUGUAGUGCACUACUUUUGACCAGGGCCCUAUGAGUUUGAUGCACUAUGUAGGGAUUAGAGUGCCAUUUGGGACAUUUCCCAUGACUGUUAAUUUAAGUUUGGACAAGCUGGCUACACUGGCAGAAAAGGUUGAGGCUGAGAACCAGGUGCUGUGUUUUCAUAUUUCAACACUUAUUACCUAAUAUUAUUAUCUAAUAUUAUGACCUAAUAAUAAGUGCACUACUUUUGACCAGUGCCCAUAGGGCUCCUCCCAUAGGGCUCCUCCCAUAGGGCUCCUCCCAUAGGGCUCCUCCCAUAGGGCUCCUCCCAUAGGGCUCCUCCCAUAGGGCUCCUCCCAUAGGGCUUCCUCCCAUAGGGCUCCUCCCAUAGGGCUCCCUCCCAUAGGGCUCCUCCCAUAGGGCUCCCUCCCAUAGGGCUCCUCCCACAGGGCUCCUCCCAUAGGGCUCCUCCCAUAGGGCUCCUCCCAUAGGGCUCCCUCCCAUAGGGCUCCUCCCAUAGGGCUCCCUCCCACAGGGCUCCUCCCAUAGGGCUCCUCCCAUAGGGCUCCCUCCCACAGGGCUCCUCCCAUAGGGCUCCCUCCCCCAUAGGGCUCCCUCCCAUAGGGCUCCUCCCAUAGGCCUCCUCCCAUAGGGCUCCCUCCCAUAGGGCUCCUCCCAUAGGGCUCCUCCCAUAGGGCUCCUCCCAUAGGGCUCCUCCCAUAGGCCUCCUCCCAUAGGGCUCCUUGGUUUUCUGCAAAGUCAUUGCAAAAUAGUCUAAAGAAUGCAACAUUUAAGUUAGCGACAGCACAGUAUAUUUUGUAUUUGUGAGUUUUCCAUCUGUUGGUUUACAACUAGUUCUGUCUUUGUGAAAAUGUAUUUUUAGCUUCCUACUACAUGAACCAAACAGAUCCAUCUUGAUUUCCAUGGAAUAUCAUUUGUUUGUGGUGGGCGGGGCGAUGUCAGUAUUACUGGCACUAUAAAAAAUAUCCACGUCAAUCUAGAACGUGUAGCUAUGUACAUUUAUGAAUCAUUGUGUAUAUUUGAUUUAUUAACUUAAUAAUAAUCAAGAGCCUGAAGAUAGAUUUCCCUUUUUAUUUAUAUGUUCUGUCUCUAGAUUUUGUUUCGGUAGAUUUGUAAGUUUACAUUUAAUUUUGAUUGACAUUUUUAUUUUAUGAAACGUCAGAGGAAGAAUAAAAUAAGGACUUUUCGAAGAAAAAUUAAUUCCGUUUAUUGUUGUUUUUUUUUUUUUUAAUAAUGAUUUCAGAUGUUUUCAAAUAUCCAUUUUGACAAGACUUUGCAGGUUAGGGGGAUGAUGUAAUAAAAACAAGACUGGUUGCUUUGUUAUAACUUCUAAACGAUGGUGGCAGACAUAUUGUUUGUCCUGAAAACACAAAACGCCUUUAGCAGCAUCUAACUCAUAAUCCACAAAUGAUCAAAGCACAUUAAACAGUGUAUCACAUUCUCACAAAACAAUAUCUGACAACUUAGGGGAGAGUGGGGUAAAUCAAGCCUUUUAUUGGUACAUUCAUCAUCACUCCGUCAAGGAAAUAUACUAUUCUUUCUAACAAAGAUAUCUACAUAUAUUACAGGAUGUUGUGUAUCCCUGGAAAUAAUCAUAAUUCAUGUAGAAAUUACAGUUUUGAAAAGAAAAACUGGUCUCUUGGCACAAUUUAUCCUGGGAAGAAAACACUUCAAUUGGCUCAAUUUAACCCAAGGCAGACAUGUUUACUAUAUUUGCCCACGCAGCUACAAGGAUGCACUUUCAAGGCUAGGUUCAGGACCUCAUACUGAAGCUGAAAGAGACCCCAGCUGAUAUAUAGAACGAUCUUUAAAUAUACUUCGAUUUAGAUACAAGCAUCAUGAAAUGAAUUUCACUUGGGGGAAAAUCUGUUUAUUGGACCUGAUUUGUUCAUCCACUUCUCCAUGUGGUUUCUUCCUUCACUGACUCCGUGAAAUUAUAAAUAUUUUCGUCAACUGAUAUGUUUUCUGUAUGGUUUCCUAGAAAGAAGGGUGGCUCAACUUACCCUACUCUCCCCUAUGGCAAAUCACACAACAAUCACACAUCAAUGUCUACUGGAACAGUAGGGGGGGUCAAGAGUCUAGCCUGAGUCCCAGAUCUGUUGGUGCUGUCUUGUCAUGUCCAUUGCUAUGACUGCUGUCACACAUGUUGGGAAGACUGCACAGACAGAUCUGGGACUCGAGCUAUGGCAGCGUUUCCCAAACGUAGUCCUGUCGAUCCCAAGAGGUGCAUGUUUAUGGUUUUUGCUCUUAGCUCUACACAUCUGAUACAAAACUCAUCUUUGAUUAUUAGAAUCAGCUGUGUAGAACAAAGCCAAACGGUGCACCUCUUGGAGUCUCCAGGACGGAGUUGGGGAGACGCUGGUCGUCAACGGGAACAGGAUCACGUAAACACGUAUUUCCUUCUCUCUCUGCUCAGCGCUGUGGGAGACUGGUGUUUUGUUUCUGUUUUAAAUACACAUGUUAUUUUAAACUAUUGAAAGGCUCUUUGAAAGAAGACAUGUUUUUUAUUUCUCAGAUGUUACUACUUUAUGACAUCAUGGAAACAUUCAUUUAGUGUUUCCUCUCUUGUUAUGGAUUUUAGAUUGUAUUUGUGUUGAUGAUGUUGCAAUCCUGGCAAUCUUUUUAGAGGGUUUUGUUCUUUUGAAAAAGGUCAAUAUUUAUUAAAUAUUUUGUAUGAAAAGAGAUAAUAAAACAGUCCCUGUUCUGGA